AUGGCUAACAGCCAUCGACCCAGGAAGAGGAGACGUAACGAGAUUUCCUCCAGCAGCUCCAAUGGCACUAUCGCAGUCGACCCUGCAACCAAAAGAGAUACACCAGCUUUCCCUUUGGUCGCCUUUCUCUGGCCUGCCAAAGGCAACACUGUCUCACAAUGGGUAGUAUUGCCCUGCGUGCUCUUAGUCAUCGGCCUCUUCCGAUGGUGUACAGCAAUAUGGCCAUAUUCUGGAAUGGGCGUACCUCCUCUGUUCGGUGACUUUGAAGCCCAACGGCACUGGCUUGAAAUCACGAUCAUUCUUCCAGUCACGCAUUGGUACUUUCACGACACAACCUGGUGGGGUCUGGACUAUCCACCAUUGACUGCCUACCACUCCUGGAUCUUGGGCCAGGUCGGCUCUUUCAUCAACAAGGACUGGUUUGCACUUUACCAAUCACGAGGGCUGGAGACUCCGGAUCUCAAGGUCUUCAUGCGAGCGACCGUCUACGUCUCUGAACAUUUGGUCUACGUUCCAGCAGUCAUCAUUUGCGUCAGGAACCUCGCUAAACUGCACACCAUCAACUCGUGGGAAUCAACAAUCGCUCUGACGGCCAUUCUCAUGCAGCCAGCGACUAUCCUAAUCGAUCACGGCCACUUUCAGUACAACACCGUCAUGUUGGGUCUGAUCGUCGCCGCAAUUUCGAGCAUGAUUGCUGGUCGAAACUUGUGGGCUUGCAUCUUCUUCGUAGGAGCACUUGGAUUCAAGCAAAUGGCUUUGUUCUACGCUCUCAUCGUCGCUGCCUAUCUCGCAGGCUCAUGCGUCAGCCCGAAGCUCAAUGUGCUGCGAUUUGCAGGGAUCGCAAUCGUUACGCUACUGUCCUUUGCGCUUUUAUUCCUCCCAAUUAUGGCGGGAACCUUCUACGACACUUAUCGCAACAUACAGCUUCCUUCUGAUGUGUCACUACCACCAUUGCUCCAGAACUCCCCGAUACAGCUCUCCGAAAAGGCGUGGUACUAUCCAUAUCUGGUUCAGCUCACUCAGGUCAUACACCGAGUCCUGCCCUUCGACCGUGGACUCUGGGAGGACAAAGUCGCCAACUACUGGUGCGCACUUCACACUUCAGGACUGUGGAAACUGGAUCGAAGCAAAGCAGGACAAGCCAGAUUACAAUCGACCGCUUUACAGUGGACCGUAUUAUCACAGGUCAUCCCUUGUGCAGUGAUAUUCUUCAAGCCAAAGAAGAACCUAAUUCCGGUGGCCUUCGCUGCGGCGUCAUGGGGCUUCUUCCUCUUCUCGUACCAGGUACACGAGAAGAAUGUACUACUCCCAUUGCUCCCGAUGACACUGCUGCUGGCAACGAAGGACGGUAUGAAGCCGAGGAUUCGUGCUUGGGUAGGCUAUGCGAACCUGCUAGCAACCUGGACUCUGUUUCCACUUCUCCACAAGGACGAGCUCAGGAUACCAUAUGCAGUACUAACACCACUCUGGGCAUUUCUGCUCGGUCUACCGCCAUUCUCCAUCAGUGCUUACACCACAUCGGCCGAAGACGGCGGUCUCGACAUUCUCUCGAAGCUCAUUCACUUGGGAACUUAUGCUGCGGCUCUGCUAUGGCACGUUGGCGAGCUCUUCAUUCUACCACCCACCAACAAACCGGAUCUUUGGGUCGUUGGCAAUGUCGCACUCGGCGCGUCUGGAUUCUUCAUCACCUACUUGUGGUGUCUCUGGCAACUGCUGAGUGACCACGACUUUCUAGUGAUGGUUGGUCUCGCUAACCGCGAGACUCGCCCCAAGGUGUCCAGAAUAUCAAAGAAAGGAGAUUAG